AUGUCACCAACCCCCUACUCCCUCUCCACCUCCAUCUCAACAUUCCUCUCCACCCACUCCUCCACCACCCGCUCCGAAUGCGACUCUCUCGCCCAAUCCCUCCUCUCCUCCCCCACCAUCUCCCCCGUGCCCAUCCAAGGCUCCUUCAGCUACACCGUCGUCGCAUCUGACUCCCAACUCGCGCAAUUCCGAUCCCCCACUUCUCCAUUAGACGUCGAAGUUCUACGGUUAGCGCGCGAGAUUUAUGGGGGAGAUGUCGUUGCGAAGACGGAAUUUUGGGGGAAUUUUGGGGGGUUGGGGGUUUAUCUUAUUGAGAAGUUGCAGGGGGUGACGUAUUUGGAGUGGUUGAUGAAGGGCGGACUGGGGAGGAGGUUGGAUGGGGAGCGGUUUGAGAGACAGAGGGGUUUGGUGGGGGAUUUUGCGAGAUUUUUCGCCGCGGCAUGGAAGACACCACAAACGGCGGAUAUAGCUGCGACGCGACAGACUUGCGAGAAUAAUCUCCAUCUCCUUGCUCGAAAUCUCCCCGACCGCUUUUCACGGGAUAUUCUAGAACUUACAGAAUGCUUGGACUCGAUUUUUCAAACCCUCCCCAUGGUUCUUACACACGGCGAUUUAUGCGAGAUGAAUUUCCUCGUUGACGAACGUAGCGGACAUCUCACGGGUGUAAUCGAUUGGGCUGAAGCGGAAAUUUUACCGUUUGGAUUUAAUCUUUGGGGUGUGGAAAAUCUUUUGGGAUAUAUGGAUGGGAAUGGAUGGAAUUAUUUCGAGGGGUAUGAGGAGUUACGGGGGGAGUUUUGGACGGUUUUUUACGGCGCUGUUGGUGCAGAGGAAGAAGAAGGAGAAGGAGAUGGAGUGCUAGCUUCAGAGGUACUUUGUCAAAAGCAAGAAACUAUCGAUGUAGCGAGGCGGAUGGGGAUUCUUUUUCGAUAUGGAUUUUUUUGGGAUGAGGAUUUGCGGAAAAAGGUUCCUGUGCAAGAGGGAGAUUCUGGUAUGAGAUAUUUGGAUGCAUUUUUUCUUGGUUAAAAGACCUUUUGCGUAGAGAUUGUAGGAGGUACCCGAUAACGUCUUCCGAAAUCCAAAACCACCCGCGAACAGGCGGGGAGUCGGGGACAUAAUUAGGGUAAACGUAAGGCUAAAAUCUGCUAACAUGGCGCUUAGUCAGCCUCACGAGCGAGACGGGGAGGAAGAGGUGAAUCAAUAAAAAGGGGAGAAUAGUCGCUUGUCCUAGAUUAGCAGACUCCCUACCUAGAGUGAAUAAAUAGGUAGCCAACAACCCGGCAUGGUUGGUGGUUCUACUUUAACAAAUUGCAAGCAUCAGUUUUGUCCAACAGACUACCUCCUACCUACCUACUUUGUGGCCUUGCUCGCUCGCUCCUCUGCAUGUCCAUUGUUGAUCAUGUCCAGCAGGACAUGACCCGAGUACAAGGAAAAGUGUGUUUGUGUGUGUGCUCCGCGGCGCAUCAAGAGCGGUGGUGGUCGAUGCAUUCAUGACUGCCUACCUACAGGUACAUUCGAAGCGUUGUGUAUCCGAUUCAUGUGAUGGUUCGACAACGUUGUGGAGAGCUUGGACUGGUGAAAACGCUUUGGCUGGCUAGGAGGUAAAAAAUGCACGUGGCAAGGACUCUGUGUGGGAUGGCUGUCAUGGUAGUCCCAACGGUGUUUUGGUGUUUGGUAUCUGGGGGAU